UCAAUGACCCUUGAUGUACAUUAUUGUUAUUACUUUUGCGUAAACCGGUGCGUGCGAAUGUAAAUAUAACGAAGUGUAAAUUUAGGCUGUGAUUAAAAUGAGUUUAACGUGCCUGCAUUGCACUAUAUUCACAUAAUAGCUGCAAAGAAAACAUUCGACCGUCAAGUCGCAAAUAUCUACCAAUCUAAUCACUAGACCGUCUUCGCGCAAUAGUCGAGUAACAGUGAACAUAGAAGAAGACAUCGAAACGAAGGGACGUGAAUUUCAUGCUGCGAACGCAUUUUAGAAUAGGAAUAGGAUCCUCGACGUCGUCCACGCUUUAUCGCACGUCCAAGAAAGAAAACAUCACAUUUCGUCCAAGGCCUAUCAUUAAUCUUGUUGACAAGAGUCCGCCCGAGAAGAAACUGAAAUCAAAUCAAGGCUCAAUAAAUCUGAUAAAAAACAUGACCACCUCGGCAGAACAUAACCUCAAUAGUGCUAGCUCUGUGUUUAAUGACAAAAUGCAAACCGAAAAUCGACUAGAAGUGUCACCCGACGUCUCAGAGAAAUCACGUGGCAAUGUUACUUAUUUAGAGACACCUGUCAAAUCGGAAAACGACAAGAAAGAAUACAGGGUGAUCAAGUUGGAAAAUGGCUUGACUUGUCUGCUGAUCUCUGAUAUGCAUUCAGCUGGUGCUCAAGAAAGUGACAACGAAGAUAAAGAUGAAGAUGAAGAAGAAACCAAGAGUGAAGCGGACAAUGAAAGCAGAGAGGAUCCUCCUCAUUAUCCUGACGAUGAUGACGACGAUGGUGAUGAUGAUGAUGAUGAUGAUGAUGAUGAUGAUGACGACGAUGGUGAUGAUGAUGAUGAUGGUGGUGAUGAUGAUGAUGAUGAUGAUGAACGCGGAGAAGUCCACUCGCCCUAA